GUAGUAUACUUCUCGGGGCGACUUUGGCAUCGGUAACGCCAGUCUGCCAAGUACCUCGCGCUAGUUCGCAUCGGGAAGGACGUCGUAGAGACACCGGAACCAUGGAGAACGAGUAUCCUUUGAUGUACGGCAUUGGGGAUCUGAGGAUGGGAAAGCAUCCUAUCCCUGAUCUUGGCCCUCACGAAGUGCUCGUGAAGAUAUCGAAAGUUGGCCUAUGUGGGUCAGAUCUGUCCGUAGUUUACAAAGGGCGACUCGGAGACCGUGACGUCCCCCUUCCUGCUGGCGUAGGACACGAAGCGGCAGGAGUGAUUGUCAAGUGUGGGUCGGCUGUCAGGAACCUAAGGAUAGGUGACCGCGUUGCCAUCGAGCCAGGCGGUAACUGCCGCAUGUGUGAUUUUUGCAAAAGCGGGAAAUACAACAACUGCCCCGACGCCUGCUUUCACUCGGCGGCCGGUCCAACGCCCACCCCGGGCAUGCUGGCCCGGUACUUCAAGCAAAGAGCAGAUCUCUGCUUCAAACUUCCUGACAACGUCAGCCAAGAAGAAGGCGCAAUUAUCGAGCCUCUGGCAGUGGCAGUCCAUGGGUGCAGGAGAGCCAAAGUCACAGCGGGGUCCUCUGUCCUAAUUUGCGGGGCAGGUCCUAUUGGACUCCUAAGCCUCUUAGUAGCCAAAGCAAUGGGGGCAACUAAUAUCCUUACUACAGACAUUAGAGAGAGCAGACUCUCGAUGGCCAAGAAAAUGGGAUCGGACCACACGCUUCUGGUGAAAAGCGAAACUCCGCAAGAGUUGGCAAAGAAGGUGGCUCAACUGAUGGGCUGCAUGCCGGAAAUAACGAUCGAAUGCAGCGGUGUGGACGACUGCAUAAGGAUGGCCAUUUUUGCCACAAGAUCGGGUGGUGUCGUGAUUCUGGCUGGAAUAGGAACGCCGGAAGUUAAGCUUCCUAUCGUCAAUGCAGCCGUGAGAGAAGUUGACUUACUCGGAAUCUUCCGUUACAACAAUUGUUACCCGAUAGCCAUAGACAUGAUCGCCAAAGGCCUGAUCGACGUGAGGCCUUUGAUCACGCACAGGUUCAAGUUCGAGGAAUUCAACAAAGCCUUCGAGAUGUUCAAGGCCGGGGCUGACGGAGCAAUCAAGUGCAUGAUCUCCUGCGAGUAACUCUUUGCGAUUACGGUUAUCGGUCUGGUUUUAUUCUCCUUUUCCACCUAAUACAUAAAUCUAUUCAGGAUGA